AUGAUGGUAAACAAACACCUGGAGAGCGACACGUGGCCCGGCACCUCCCAACCACCUCAGUCUCCCGUCUGCUGCUGGAGAUUCAUUAGCGGGACAUCAUGCGGGCUGUUAUCCUGGCAGCAGGCUAUGGUACUAGAUUGGAGCAAGACUUGAGAAAUGAUUGCAGCGGACAGUUCUCUCAUCUUAUUGGUGUGCCAAAGCCUUUACUUCCUAUAGGGAGCUGCCCUCUUAUAACACACUGGAUUCAAGCCUUCGACCAAACUCGGGAAAUAAGAAGCAUCGUUGUUGUUGUCAAUGACCUUCAUAAGAAACUGUAUGAGAAGUGGAGAGAGACACUGCCGAAGAAAGUUGAAAUCGUGAGUGAUGGAUCAUGCAGUAAUGAUGAGCGAUCUGGGGCAGUGGCAUGCAUGUUGGUUGGAAUGCAGCAAUGUAAUGAAGACACCAUCUUUGUUGCUGGAGAUACAUUGCUGAAGAAGAAUUUUUCUCUUGGUGCACUAAUAGACAAAUUUAAGGUUCUACGACAACAAGAACCUGGAACAUGCUUGGUACUGAGUGCUCCAGUUUCAGAAGAAAAUGUAUCAAAACAUGGUAUUCUCGAGGUGGAAGACUCGGGAAGAGUAACAAGAUUUCUUGAGAAGCCACCGUCUUCCAUCACUUCAUCAAGGCUUCAGUGCCCAUGUUUUUAUAUUAUUUCAUCAGAAAGUCUUCGUCAUUUGAAGAAUUUUUUGGAAGAAACAAGAGAGAAACCUCUGAAUGUGCGUGAUGCAACAGGAUUAUUCAUUGCCAAGCUCAUCCAUCAAGCCCCAGUCUAUGCCUAUCACGUUGAGAGACGCUAUGAUGUCGGCGGUCUGCGGUCAUAUGUAGAGUGUAACCAAGAGUUCAUAUCAGAGUGUCACUAGUAUUGCUAAGAACUGUAUAACAUACUUUAAAAUAAUUUAGAAAUCUUGUAUUUACUUAAAGGGACUAGUUGGUGAACUAGGAAGAUGAUUUCAUAAUUAAAAUAAUAAAUAAUGUAUUUACUAACCAUAUCCACAUAUGAAAUGAAGUGAAAUAGACAUUAAUUUGGUCUAUCCUGGAUCUUUAAUAUGUCAUAAGUUAAUAAGGGUUCAAAAUGACCAACACAGUCACUUUCAUUUCUUUUCAUGUACUGUAUGUGGAUUUGGUUAUUAGUUUAUCAUGUUGUUGUGACUUAAUCUUUGCAAAUAUAUUUUAAGUUUUUAAAUUAAAAUCAGCACACAUGCAAUGGACUUACUCAAAUAGAAUGAUUAGUAAUGAACCCUUAAAGUUUUCUGAUUUUCUGCUGUCUAUGACUUCACUUAUUUUCUGGGGGAGCCCCUUGUGACUCCAUGAAGUAGUCACGCUGAGGGGCUCCCAACUACAGGGUUGCAUCAGUUGCAGAGUUCUGUUUAGUCUAUCGAGGACCAGAGGCAAAAACCUGGCUUCCCCUCAGAGGUGCAGAGAGCAGGUUACACUCCGCUUAAACACUGAGAAAUCAUCCAGAAAGUCGGUAAACUAAUUCAAAAAGAGGUGUCUAGCAAAUAUCUCCUUGGGGAGUUUUCACAUACAUACAGUCUUUACAAUGCUUUUAGUCUUUAGCUGCUUUAUAGAUGAGUUAAAGAGUCAAUAUCUUGGUGAGUGGUCCUUAAUAGCUUGUCUGUGGUAGACUUGAUUGAGUAUAAUUAUCGAGCUGAGUGGUGGUGAAUUAUACUCUUGAAUUGUAGUACAGUACUGUACUACAUUUCAGCUGUAUUAGUCUCGGUUCACUACAUGCUAACUCAAAUAAUAUGAAGCAAAUGUAUCAAAAAUAAAUUAUUAAUCGUCAUAAUAAAGAAUACUACGUACAAAAAUU